AUGGAAGAGGAUUACGACGAAGAAAACCCCAAUCCUGCUGAAGAAGAAAACCCUAAUCCUAAUCCAGCCCAAGACUACCAAGAAAAGUUAGAUGUUUUGCUAGCUCUUCCAGGCCGACAACAUCUACCACUUAUGUCUGUCGAUCCCAUCCCCGGCGUUGAGUCUCUAUGGUUUAACAGGCACAAAGGAAAAAUUUCUUGGGUGAUUGCUGGAAUAUUUAGAAAGAAAUUCGAUGGUCCUUACUACAGUUGGAAGGUUACUCCUACACCUAUUCAAGAGAGAUAUUUCAGGACAUUUUCGCGGAAGUUCUAUUGGGAUACUGAGAUAAAUGAGCUUGUUAAAGAGGGGUUCUUAAAGAUAGCCAAGAAACGAAUGAAAGGAAUUUGCAGCAACUCCGAUCGUGGUGGUCUUGGAGUCCACAAACACCUUGCCGGUCAGAAAUCAUAUGUGCAAAUUCAUCAAGAAAUGGAGGAAGAAUUGGGUCAUCCGGUAUCAUUUGGCGAAGUGUUCAUGAAGACACAUACUCGAGCUGACGGAUCGUUUGUUGAUCAAAAAGCUAAACAAGCAGUUGAGACUGAUGAGAAAACAUUAGAGGAGAAACUGUGUGAAGUGGACGAUGAUGGUCCAGAAAAUUCAGGGAAUUCUUCUGAACGUUCAAGUCAUCGUACUCUCAGCAUUGAGGAAAAGAAUGAAAUCUUUCUUAAGUGUACUCAAACAGAUGAGAAGGGAAACCUUUUUGGUCUUGGAUCUCUUGUUGAGACACUUAGGAAAGGGAAAAGGAAGGAAAGCUAUGCAAAAUCUUCUCCAUCAACACCAAAACACUUCUCGAGCUUCAAAAACAACUUCGCAACAAGAUAG